GUCAAAAAUGUUUUUUUAGGUUAUAUUUUGUGUUUGGAAUUCGAUUUAAAUUUUUCAAAGCUAAAGUACACAUAAACUUGAAGAAUAUUGUUUUGGAACAAUGGCGGGUCAAGGACAUCAAUUUCCCGGCAAUUUUCAAGCUAAUGCUGGAGCUAUGAGGUCAGGCUAUGGUGCCGGUCCUAUGGGAGGACAGAUGCAGUCUAUGCCCAAUCAAUUAGCAGGAGUUAUGGGUGGACCUAUGGGAGCAGCUGGAAUGAUUGGCAUGGGCAAUCAAAUGGUUCCACCAUAUGGAGCUCCAAUGCAGAAUCAGAUGGCUGCUAUGAGUAUGGGUGGACAAGGGAUGGGUGUUGGAGUGGGUGCUGGCCCUCCAGCCAUGGGACCUCAAGGAGUUCAACAGCCAGGGGGAAUGCAGACAGGUACAGUGCAGACUCCAACAGCACCUGCUCCACCACCAGCUCCGAACCACCCACCACAGAGCAAAGAGUUUAACACGGCUUCUUUGUGCAAGUUUGGUCAAGAAACAGUGCAAGAUAUUGUAAGUAGGACGCAAGACGUGUUUCAGACCUUAAAAGCGAUCCAGCCACCGAACGGCACUCAGCAUGGCGAGAAUGCUAGCAACGAUAAGAAGGCGAAAAUGCAAGAACAAUUGAGAACUAUAAGAUUACUGUAUAAACGGUUGAGACUGAUUUAUGAUAAAUGCAACGAGACCUGUCAGGGAAUGGAAUAUACACACAUGGAGAGUCUCAUACCGUUGAAGGACGAGGCCGAUAAUAAAGCCCUCGAUGAGCGACGGAACACCGAGUCGUAUCGGCUUGUUCUAGAAGAGAAUAAGGAACUCACAGAACAGGUAGUCUUGAAGAAUAAACAAUUGAAAGAAGUGAUAACAAACCUCAGAACAAUCAUUUGGGAGAUCAAUGUUAUGUUAACUAUGCGGAAGUCCUAAUUGUAGUAGAUAAUUUAAUUAUGUACAUAUUAUGUUUAAUUUAUCAUUUAAGAAAUGCAUUGCUAAUAAUGUCAUGUAAAUAUAGUUUUAAUAAGUUUUCGUUCUUUUAUUUCAUUCUUUUCUUAGCAUUUCAUAAACAUACUAUGGAUUCGAAUAAAAGUCAAUUUGUGUUUUGUGAACUUUAGACGUGUUGCGCAAUAUGAUUAAAUAUGAUUUUUAUAUACUUACAAACAUAAUGUAAAGUGGUCAGUGUCUGUUGAAGUUUAAACCAUCUACUUAUUUGUGUACGCGGUACAAAAACUGUUCUAUGAAAAUCUCAAGUAAUCGUCAACGAUCAUGACGAUGAUGCUAUAAUAAAAUUACUUAUCUGUAUGAACUUCUAGGACAAACGAUAAAAUAGUGUACGACUGCAGUACCUGUUUUUAUUAAUCGGAUAAAAUAAAACAUUACCAAAAAUAAAUUAAAUUUAUUCUUGUAAUCACAAUAGAAUACAAUAUAAUCACAUAGUGUAGGUAUUCAAUAUAAUAAAUAAAUAACAAAAGUUGGCAAGCUCAGCUUUCGUUCAAGCCGUAUAACCUAAAGCUAAAUAAGUACAAAUCUCACAGCCUAAUGUUCAAUCGGUUUGGG